CUUGUGUGUUGCUUAUGUCCUUCUGCUUAUCUUCCACUAGCUCUAGUUCUAAGUUUCUUCUGCUACACAGAAAGUAGAAAAAUCAGAGAGCUGUUUUAGCUUUUACUGUCUCUAUCUGCAGCUCCUGGCAUAGUGCCUGGCACAUCCUCAAAACACAUUUACUGAAUGGAAUAUCUUGAGACAGUUCUUCAAAUGUGUGAAUACUUCACAGAGUCUCCAUCUAGUCAACUAAUUUUUUAAUAUGUAGAUUGUCUUUUGGCUAAAACUGCAACAGAGAGGUGAAUACCUACAAAAUUAAACUUUGUUAUUUGUCUACUUAUUCAACAAGCUUUUAUUUACCAUCUGUUAUUCAUCAGGCAUGACACUUGGGCACUUGGAAUGUAGCAGUGAGCAAAUAAGAAAGGGUCAUUCUCUGUGGCAUUUGUAAUCUAGAGGGCAAAAGACUUUCAGUAGUACUUUGUAUUGUUUAUAAAAAUGUGACAGUCUUAGUUGACAUUGAUAAAACUGCUGAAAGGAAAACCAGAAGUUUUGGAAUGUCUGGUAGAUAUACCCAGCCUUUUAUCGGCAGGACAAGAUUGCAUCCUUGGCAUAUUAUACAGAGGAAGGCAUAUGCUUUCUUUAUGAAUCAGUGAGGUACACUGAGGGAGACAUCAUUUCAUAUACAUGGCAGAACUAGCCCUUUAAGAUCAAAUUUAAAGUAAAAUAAAGAGCUCCUUUAUUUUUUUCUCUGAUUGUGUCUUUGGAGUCACUUAUUUGUGAACUUGAAAUUGCAAGCAUAAUUACAUUGAACACCACAACAGAAAUUAUUUACUGGUUAGCUAGUGGUUAUUGAAAACAGUUAUAUAUUUAAUAAUAUGUAUUUGGAUCCAUUAAUAGGCCAGGUGUUGGUGCACGAUAUCUAUAGCUGCAUAAUAAACAAGCUGGAAAGCACCUUAAAACAGUGAACACUUAUCUAACAGGCAUCUGGACAAGGCCUAAUGGGUACCUCUGUUAUAAGACUAGUUGCUGUAAGUUGGGAAUGCAGUUCUGAAAGAUUAACUAGAAAGAGAGAAGUUCACGUAUGUGGGGGUUACUAGGUCUUAGUCGUUGACCACAAGGGCCCAUCUCUCAAGCUGCCUCAUCCUCUGCAUGCGAAAGUCUCCUGGCUUCCUAGAGGAGGUACCAUCCCGGAGAGAAGAGAGAGAACACUCAAGAUGGAAGCUAUGGUCCCUGUAUAACCUAAUCUUGGGAGUGACAUUGUACCACAUCUGCUGUAUUUUAUUUGUUAGAAGUGAGUCAGUAAGUCUGGCCCACAUUCCAGGAGAAGAGGUUACACCAGGGCAUGAAUACCAGGAGGCAGAGAUCAUUGAAGACCAUCUUAGAUGAGCCUAACACAGAAAGACUGAGUUGCAACUGCAGAAGCAACAAGUGACACUGAGAAGAUGCAUGCAGGCUGAAUACAGUGAAAAAGGGAACUGGAAAAGACAAUGAAGCUUAAUAGGGGACACCUGCUUUCUGCAGAUAACUGAAAAAGCUGUCCCGAGAAGCUGUUCCUGGCACUCAUGGAGUAGCUGGAACCUGUACUUUAAGGCCCUUGAUGGGACAGGCUCUGGCCUGCUGAUCCCUCGGAGUGCCUGUCACCAUGGCCAGCAAGAGGAAGUCCACCACCCCAUGCAUGAUCCCUGUGAAGACGGCUGUGCUGCCGGGGGCCAGUGUGGAGGCCCAGCCCGCGGAAGCCUUGCCCGCAGGCCCCCAGGAUCCUCCCCCCGAGGCCCCCGCCAGCAGCAGCGAGGCCGCCCAGAAUCCCAGCAGCACUGAGGGCUUGGCGCUGGCCAACGGGCACCGGAGCACUCUGGAUGGCUAUUUAUAUUCUUGUAAAGACUGUGAAUUCAAAUCCCAGGACAUCACCCAAUUUGUGGGACAUAUGAACUCAGAGCACACAGACUUUAAUAAAGACCCAAAUUUUAUAUGCAUGGGAUGUAGUUUCCUGGCAAAAACUCCUGAGGGGCUUUCCCUGCACAAUGCCAAGUGUCACUCAGGAGAAGCCAGCUUUGUGUGGAAGGUGGCCAAGCUAGACAAUCAUGUAGUCGUGGAGCAGAGUGUCCCCGGGAGCGCCAGCACCCCUGACUUAGCUGGCGAGCCCCGCCCUGAAGGGACUGACGGACAGGCUGAAAUCAUUAUUACCAAGACUCCAAUCAUGAAGAUAAUGAAAAGCAAAGUUGAAGCCAAAAAAAUCCAUAUGCUCAAGGAGAACGUGCCCAGCCAGCCUGGGAGUGAGGCCUUGCCAAAGCCCGCGGUGGCGGCGGCAGCGGCGGGAGAGACCGAGGUGAAAGAGGGGAACCAUGCCUUCCUCAAUGGGGCAGCUCCAGCCAGCCAGGCACCCACCAGCUCUACCAAGCCCCCCCAGGCCGCCAAUGGGCCGCUCAUUGGCACAGUGCCAGUCCUGCCAGCUGGAAUAGCCCAAUUCCUCUCCCUCCAGCAGCAGCAGCCCCCCAUCCAUGCCCAGCACCAUGCCCACCAGUCCCUGCCCACAUCCAAGGCUCUCCCCAAAGUCAUGAUCCCCCUAAGCAGCAUCCCAACGUACAAUGCAGCCAUGGACUCCAACAGCUUCCUGAAGAACUCCUUCCACAAGUUCCCCUACCCCACCAAAGCGGAGCUCUGCUACCUGACUGUGGUCACCAAGUACCCAGAGGAGCAGCUCAAGAUCUGGUUCACGGCCCAGAGGCUGAAGCAGGGGAUCAGCUGGUCCCCCGAGGAAAUCGAGGAUGCCCGGAAGAAGAUGUUCAAUACGGUCAUCCAGUCCGUGCCUCAGCCCACAAUCACCGUCCUCAACACGCCCCUGGUGGCCAGUGCUGGCAACGUCCAGCAUCUCAUCCAGGCCGCUCUCCCAGGCCACGUGGUGGGACAGCCGGAGGGCACAGCAGGGGGACUCCUGGUCACUCAGCCACUGACGGCAAAUGGGCUGCAGGCACCAAGCUCAUCUCUCCCCUUGACAGCGACGUCUGUCCCAAAGCCAAACGCGACGCCCAUUAACACUGUGUGUUCCAAUACGACAUCGGCUGUGAAGGUGGUGAAUGCGGCCCAGUCGCUCCUCACCGCGUGCCCCAGCAUCACUUCCCAAGCCUUCCUUGAUGCUAGCAUCUACAAAAAUAAGAAGUCUCAUGAGCAGCUGUCAGCUCUGAAAGGGAGUUUCUGUCGGAACCAGUUCCCAGGGCAGAGCGAAGUAGAGCACCUGACCAAAGUGACGGGCCUCAGCACCAGAGAGGUGCGCAAGUGGUUCAGCGACCGGAGAUACCACUGCCGGAACCUGAAGGGCUCCAGGGUCAUGAUGCCUGGAGAGCACGGUUCCCUCCUCAUUGACUCGGUGCCAGAGCUGCCCUUCUCCCUGCCAUCCAAGGCCCCCGACGCCACCUGCCUCCCCACAGCAGCCUCCCUGGCGAGCCACCCCGCCGCCAAACGCCAGUCCUGGCACCAGACACCGGACUUCACCCCAACCAAGUACAAGGAGAGAGCCCCCGAGCAGCUCCGAGCCCUGGAGAGCAGCUUUGCACAAAACCCACUCCCCCUGGACGAGGAGCUGGACCGCCUGAGAAGUGAGACCAAGAUGACCCGAAGAGAAAUCGAUAGCUGGUUCUCAGAGAGACGGAAAAAAGUCCAUCCCGAGGAGCACAGGAAGGAUGAUGAGGAGCGUGCCCCCCGGGACGAGGAGGCGGCGGCUGAAGACGAGGGUGGAGACGGAGGAGAAUCGGCCAGCGAACUGAGGGUCCCUGGCGAAAACGGCUCCCCAGAAGCGCUUCUCAUCCAGAGCUCAGCGGAGCGCAAAGUGAGCCCCAUCAAAAUCAACCUGAAGAACCUGCGGGUCACGGAAGCCAGCGGCAAGAGCGAGCUCCCGGGGCUCAGCACCUGUGAGCCCGAGGAGGACGUGUUGAACAAGCUGGCACAGCUGCCCCCGGGCAAAGCGAGCUACAAAAAGACGGCCCAGCAGCGGCACGUGCUGCGACAGCUCUUUGUCCAGACACAGUGGCCAAGCAACCAGGACUAUGAUUCCAUCAUGGCCCAGACAGGGCUGCCACGGCCAGAGGUGGUACGCUGGUUUGGAGACAGCAGGUACGCUCUGAAGAACGGCCAGCUCAAGUGGUACGAGGACUACAAGCGGGGCAACUUCCCACCGGGGUUGUUGGUCAUCGCCCCUGGCAACCGGGAAUUGCUGCAAGACUAUUACGUGACACACAAGAUGCUGUACGAGGAGGACCUGCAGAACCUCUGCGACAAGACCCACAUGAGCGCCCAGCAGGUCAAGCAGUGGUUUGCUGAGAAAAUGGGUGAAGAGACCCGAGCCGUGACGGACACAGGCAGUGAGAACCAGGGCCCCAGCCCUGGCGAGCCCGCGGCAGUUCACAAAAGGCUGGAGGUGCCUGAGAACACUGAGUCCAGUGCCCCUGAAGCCAGCUCGGAGCCCCCAUCCAGUCCCCAGCCUGGACUUCCGCUAGAGACAGACUGAGUGGACCGACUGCCCUGAGGGACCGGCCUGCGCGGAGCCGCCUGCCACCCUGCCGUGUGGACUGGCCAGACCCACCUCUCGCACUUGUUCUCAUGGCCAGCCACCAGGCACCCCGAGAGCCUCCGAGCCCUGCAGCCAGCCCCCCUGCAGCCAGCCCGAGCCCGUCCUCCGACCGCCCUCCGACGGCCCUCCGACCGCUACUACAAAGCAAGCAGCGAGAAGGUUCCUCCUCCUCCCAGGCCGUGGCCUCCCUCCCGAGGCUCACGCCCUUCUCUUGCCUCCCAGAGACAAAAUGGUUCUGAUUUCACAGUCACAGAGACAGAAUCAAGUUUUUAACGUAUACGGCCGCUUAUACACAAUCAAUAAAGCAUCAGAUGACGAGCA